CAUUGAGUAAUAUUUUCAAACUUAAAUUUUAAAUCAAUUUUAAAAUGGCGUCUGCACGUUGCGUUGUGCAGCCUGCUCUCUGAGUACUGCAACCAAAAUGACAAACAACUUUUUGACAAAACAAAACAAACAGCUGUCACUAAAAAUCUCAUGCUGAUUUCGAGCUGUUUCACCGCCGGUGGGAAUUCGAGCAGUCAUGUUUUCGUGAAGUUUCUCACGCUAGUGAGAUUUUUAAAAUCCUGCUCACUGUACAGUUGCUUCGCCUGUAUGAACAAUUGUUUUUAUUAUUGAAAAUUGCAUAUUUUUUAUAUGAUUCUAUUUGCACAUUAUUCAUGUGUGUUUAAGAUAGGACGCGUUUUUUAUUCACUUUACUUUUAUUCCCAGUUCGUAUCAUCUCAACAGAGAAAUGGGAGAAAACAUCCAGGCGUACACGUCCCACAACAUGCUCGGUUUUCCUUCCUACCCAUCCUACCCAUCACGCUCUUGUCAGGAAAGCAAUGUCGGGCGUCAAUUAAACAAGCCUGUCGAAUACCCAGACGUAGCAACCGUUACUAGCGAGCAGCCGUUUCGAUAACAGUUGUUUACUUUUCGGCCUCUGGAAAUUAGUCUUUUGCUAGCCCUCUUCCCAACGAGAAUUCAUUAAGGCUAAACACAACCUUCCCGAGGGACUUUAGUGAAGGUGUUCUCUUGAACUAGAAAAUCGUUUGUCCAAUUAUAGAAAACUAGGCACGUUGGGGAAUCGCGCCGUUUAGUUUCACCUUCUACCAGAGUUCAGUGUGCGAUUGGGAAUGGUAACAAGGCAUUAGUUGCAUUACCGGUGAUUCCAGGGUUUUGUAGAUCCGAUAAAAAGUGCAAGUGCACGCUGUCAACGAUCCAGCGCAGUGGAAAAGAUUGAAAUUGAAAAAGAAUCAAGUGCUUUUCCUUUAAACAUGACCAAACACAAAGUGUUUUCGAAAAAGGCCAAAACUAACCUUACGCAUCUUUAUCUGAACGAUAAAAAUAUGACCAAAAUUAAUAACAUUUAUCCAACGAAAAACAUUCUCGUCCUGUAUCUGCACAACAACCAACUGAGCAAGAUAGAAAAACUAAGCGCCUUUACGCACCUUACGCAUCUUUACCUGCAGUGGAACAAUCUGCGCAAGAUAGAAAAUUUGGACAGUUUGAAAAAUUUGAAGCAACUGUACCUUGGGUACAACAAAAUAACACGUUUGGAAAAUUUAGGCAAUCUCAAAAAGCUCGAACAGCUCCACAUCGAGCGUCAGCAGCUGGAUGGAACAGUACGGUUCGACUUUGACCCAGAAUGUUUGUGCGCUUUGGCGAACCAUUUGAAAGUGUUGAACAUUAAAAAGCUGAAACUUGCUAACAUCGAUGCACUGGAACCGUUGUGGAAGUUGGAAAUCCUGCUCGCCUCAGAGAACAAUUUCAAAUCGACGGACGACAUAACGCCCGUUAUUAGUGCACUGUAUUCGCUGCGUGUCCUCGAUCUACAGGGCUGUUCGGCUCAGCGUGAUGUACACUACCGGGAGAAGGUCACGGCAGCCGCUGGUCAUAAGCUUUUGCUACUGGAUGGUAAGAUGAUAUCGCAGUCGACGAGAAACUUUAUCAAAAACUUCCAAACCGUCAAACUGGAGAAGCAAAGGCGUGCAAGUGAAAAACCCAAAACAGCGGACACCGGCACCAAUUCCAAAUCGUCCUUCGAAAGUGUCAGCGAACGCAGCAAUGGUACGGGGGGCUUUGUCGAUCCAUUCAGUGCCGUGCUACCGCACAAGUUCCCGGGCAACUCACUGUUCCAGGUGUCGACACGACGGCCAGCCUGCACGCGAGUUCUUCGCAAACCCGUCAAAUCGCCGCUGCUCACGAAAACGAUGUCGGCCAACUUUUGUGACGAAAUGGCAUUCCGCUCGAACGAACUGCAUCCAGCGACGACCGUGGUUAUGCUGCAGGGCAAAGAGAUUAAGGCGGGCACACCGGUGUUUAAGGAUAAAUUGCGUGCUCAUCGGAAGAUACAAUCAUUGCCCACGAUCGAUCACUAACUUUGUAGCGAGAGAAUUCGUGUGAGGAGUGGUUUUUCAUAGUAUUUCGUGUUUCCAUUGAUUGAUUGUAAUGGUGAUUGUUGUUGUGUGCUGAGUGCUAAAAAAACAAGAGAAAGAAACAUUUUUUACUACCCUUUAUCGUAGUGUUAUAAUUAAUCUGUUUUAUGACGGUAGAUCAAUAAAAUGCAGCCAUUGCGUGAUUAGGGCAA